GGGCCCUGGACUUGACUCGCAUCCAUGCUUCUCAAAUUGAGCUCGAAAGUAGGCUUGACAAACACGUUGCCAGACUUAGCCAUUUUCAGGCAGUUUCCCAGUUUUGGCAUAGCCUUUUGGUCAGAUUCAAAAAUUGUCUUCUAGACUUUCUAUUGAGCUCCCAAGUACUUUAAUGUGUAGAGGGACACUUCAGCUUCAAAACAAGCCUUUAAUCUCCAAUUUCCAUCUAGCCAAUUGUAAGAUAUGAAUCUUCAAAGUAGGCACCAUGAAACUGUUUUUAUACUGAAACAACUGAUUAGGUCGACCUGAUCCUAUAUGAGGUCGACCGAAAAGUGCAUGUCACAGUGACAUGCAUGUCACCGUAGCAAAGUCCUAAACUAUUAUACUAUCAGCUCUUGCAAAAUUAAAGGAGUAUUUUUUUCCCAAUUAAUUUUAAUGUAUUAUAACAUUUUCAUUUUAAGUUGGAAUUCAAAACUUUAUGUAUAAAAAAUCAAAUUAAUCAUGUUUUUCAAAAUGAUAUCGACUUAUCGAGUUUGAUAUAUUUUAGAACAAAAAAAAACAGAGGCAUAUAUAUUAACGGUCUAUAACGUUUGGCAGUAGUGGAGCUAGGUUGAAGUUAACAGGGGCUAAGCCCCCUCAACUUUGACAUAAAGGUAAAAGUGCAUGUAAAAUCACUGGUAAAUUUAGAAAAUAUAGUAGUCGAUAAGCCCUUAGUCCUCUCCUCUCUCCACAAUUACCACAAUUUGCAUUAGCUUCCUCUCAUUCAAAUUUAUGACUCUGCCACCUAUGAUAAUUCGAAUAUAUUAUAGUCUAAAAUGAUUGUAUACUUGUAUAGAUGAUAUUAGGAAGAUGCUAACCACCAUGAAAUUCUAAAACAGUAAAUAAAAUUUUAAGGGAUACUUUUCUCUCGUAAGAGUAACACUUAUCGUAUCUAACAUAUUUUUUAUACCAUGAAGUUUCCGCUUACCAACCACGCUGGUCGCUCAAGUCUUUAUUUAUUUAUCUCAAUAGCGUUGAGUAUUAGGGUUAUUGCCUUAGUAAACGCCAAAAAUAAUUAAAAAUGACUGCAAUUUACUAUUUACUAAUCAAAGUCGUUAUUAUUAUUGUUUUUUAUAAGGCCCGUGUUUCCAAAGAAAUUUAUAAUGCAACUAAUUUCAUUAUUUCCACCGUUGACUCGUCUUACAAUAAUUUUAAUCCUGCAAACUACACUAAAUUUCGACACUCCUAUAUAAUUGAUAUGGUGGGCACAUUACAAAUUCUGCAAGUAUCCCUCACCUACAUCUCACCUUGUUACCAAAUUAACAUUAGAUCCCACCAUCCCAAUCUUCGACCAGGCAUCAAGAUCGAUCGGUCGGUCGGUCGAUCGAUCUUAUGGCUCUCUUUGAUUUCAAGUCAGACAAGCACUUCGUUGCUUCCUCCGACAAAACUACCCUCAAAGUCUACGCGCUGACCAACCCCACCAUCCAUCCUUCCCACAUCAGAAAGACCCACUGGAGGAAAGUCGCCACCAUCGCUCCUGCUCCUGAUCGCGAUGGUGGCGACGCCGCCCACGAAGACGAGGAGGAGGAGGAGGAGGAGGAGAAGUCUUACCGCGGGCUGAUGUUCUUUGAUGGUCACGGGAAGAUCGAGGGGCAGGAGGCGUUGACCAAGCUAGCCCAACACCUCACCCGCUUGCAGUUGAGGGUGAGCCCCCAGGGGCACAGUUUUCAAGACGUUGUCGAGUUGGGAGAACACAAAGACUUUGGAAUUCACUAUCUCCGACUGAACGAUCUUUUCAACUGGCCGGAUCAUAGGGUCGACAUGGCGGGCGUUAGCGUGUGGCAACGCCUCAUGCUGGAGUACACCGUACCGAAACGGGAGAAGCGGGCGGCGGCGAGCGGAGGGGUGAGCAAGGAGAAGUACGAGGAUUUGAAGAAGACGGUGAACAACAAGGACGAGGAGUUGAGAAAGCUGAGGGCGGAGGUGGAGGAACAAGAGAAGGAGAUACAGAGGUUGAAUGAUGAGAGGGACGAUGCAACCGAACAGCAGGAGACGGAGCUACGAGAGCUGGAGAAGGAAAAAGACGAGGAGAUCGGGGAGCUGAUGAAGAGGAAAGACGACGAGUUACGAAUGCUGAAAAAGAGGAAGGACAGGGAGAUACAAACGUUGAAGGAUGAUAGUGCACAGCACGCGGAGGAGCUGCGAAAGUUGGAGCAGAAGAAGGACGAGGAGCUGAGAGUGAUGAUGAAGAGGAAAGACGACGAGUUGCAAAUCGUGCAAAAGAGGAACGACAAGGAGUCGAAGCAAAAGAACGACGAAUUGAAGACACUGAAAAGAGAAAAGGAGGAAGGAGCAAAGCUGAGCAAAGAGAAGGAUGAGGAGGUAAAAACAUUGAGGGAAGAAGUGGUGAAUUUGAGAAAGGAAAACAAAGCUGCUGCAUCUGCAACUGCUGCUGGGAAAGGGAAAAUACUGGUGAAUGGUGAUGAAUGGCACAAGUUGAAGAAUGAUAACGAAGCACUGCGAAAGUCGAUGAACGAGAAGGAUGUCGAGCCAGGAAGGCUAAGGAAAGAGAAGGAAGAACUGGUGAUGGCAAAUGCGGCCGAAACGCGCAAACUAAGGGACCAAGUGGCUCAACUUCAAGAGCAGGAGCAACGUCGCAACCAACCAUGGGCAUGGACGAUACGGUUCCUCGGCGAGUACGUAUUACGCACAAGACGGCCGGUGCCACAGGAUACUUGGCGCAGCGUCAAAAUCGAGACGCCGCCUGACUGUCAUUACGCUUAUGAUCCAAGUACCAACGAGAGCGUCUCGCCAUUUCCGAUGGCAAAUUGGUUAGUGGUGGAUGAAGAACACAACGACUGGCCGCUUCCUCCUAAGAUCGGCGUGCGCUGUGUGCCUGACCAAUUCGACAAAGAUAACUGGUGGUUCGUGAAGGCGGCCCAUCCAGAUGGCCGCUUGGCGAUGAUGGCUUAUUAUGACGGCGGCCGGAGUUCUUAUACAACCCCGAACUAUCGGUUCCCUGUCCGACUUCCCUUUCCGAGGAACUGCAAAUUUUACACAACUACACAGUUCUUCCUGAUUGGGCUGAACGGCGCCAACAAGCUUGCUUUCUCGUACUGGGACUAGCUAACGGAAGAUCGAGGGCUGGCUCUAGUUUCCAAAUUUGUUUCAGAAUCGUUCCGAUCAUUCGGACUCGUUUCAAAAUGAUUUUAAUCCUGCAAACGUGAACCUGGUAUGGCGAUAUCGUUACUAAUUCGCAAAUGUAUAUCGAUUGUGCUAUGGAAGUUGCUUGCACACCUGCAGAAUGCAAACCAGGUUCAGGACAAUGCUGAUUAAUUAUAGGGAAGAUAUAGAUGCGGAGUGUACUGCAUCAGAUUGCAGAGAGUUCUAUCCAGAAACAAAAUCAUGGAAAUUUC